ACAAUUUCAUUUACAAAAUUCCUUGAAAAAACCCAAAUUUUAAGCCUAAUAUAAUUUUAAUAUAACCGACAAAAAAAACAUUCACGAAUACAUAUAAAAAGAAAAAUUCAAAAUCCCAAAUAUGAUUAUCAAUAAGUGUUUGCGAAUUUAUCAGCGUAAAACGAUUGCUUCGCUUAAUUUCUUUGCACUUUCGAUUUUCCAGCAUCCCAAAAAAGUUUUGGAAAUGUGUGGAAAUGUUACGAAACGUUAUAGUUCAAAAUGUGGUAAAGAUGGCAAAGAUAAAAAGGACAAUUUGAGCGUAGUGUUGCAUGGCGUAGACGAUCUACGGGUGGAACAAACACCCAUGCCAAAAACUGGUCCAGGAGAGGUGCUUCUUGCUAUGGACACGGUGGGUAUUUGUGGCACUGAUGUACAUUUUUUGAAAAAAGGCAAAGUCGGUUCGUUCGAAGUGAAAAAGCCCAUGAUUAUUGGUCAUGAAGCUUCAGGCAUUGUCGCAGAAUUGGGGAAAGGUGUAAAAAAUCUUAAAGUAGGUGAUCGCGUAGCCAUCGAACCGGGUGUAGGCUGCCGAUAUUGUUCAUUUUGUAAAAGCGGUAACUACAAUCUAUGCCCGGAUAUGAUAUUUUGUGCAGCUCCACCCGUCGAUGGCAAUUUACGCCGCUAUUAUAAACAUGCUGCCGACUUCUGUCACAAAUUGCCCGAUCAUGUAACAAUGGAGGAAGGUGCAUUACUGGAGCCGUUAGGGAUUGCUGUAGCUAGCUGUCGACGUGCCAAAAUUCGCCUUGGUUCACAUGUGCUCAUUAUUGGUGCUGGCCCAAUAGGAUUGUCCUGCUUGAUUGUGUCCAAGGCAUGGGGUGCAGCCUCUACUACAAUAGUCGAUGUGAAUGAGCAUCGACUCAAGGUCGCUCAAGAGUUGGGUGCUACAGCCGCAAUGAAAUCCUGCAAGGAAAUGGAUGUUCAAAAGGCGGCGAGAGAAAUAUGCAAAACAAAUGGUUCUAUGCCGGAUAGGACUCUCGAUUGCGUUGGCAACCAAGAGUCGGUGCUGCUAGGAGUAUUUGCUACACGUUCUGGUGGCAACUGUGUCGUUGUGGGCAUGGGAGCUGAUGAAAUCAACUUACCCUUAAUGGAGGCUUUAACACGCGAAGUGGACUUGCUUGGUGUAUUUCGCUAUUGCAAUGACUAUGAAUCUGCGAUGCAUUUAAUAUCUGAAGGUAAAUCGGGGAUGAAAAAGUUGGUCACACACCAUUUCGAUAUAAAAGAUAGCGUUGAGGCUUUUGACACGGCGCGUCAUAGAAAAGGAAAUGCUAUAAAAGUGUUGAUACACGUUCAAAAACGCGAUAAAAAUAAUAAAGAACCAUUCGAUAAGUAG